UAAGAUACUUCGCGUGCUCUGGCCACACUGCUCGGCAAUUAAUUUACGAAAUUUACGAACAAUUAACAUAAACUUUUACAUUUGCCUGUGUGUUUUAGCAAUACCUAUAUAUUUAUGCGCUGUUGUUGACUACUUCUAAGUGUCACAGUGUCCGCAGGUUUAAACUACAACAAGUUGCUCGAAAUUCUACGAAUCGGAGUGAUAAACACUAGAAUGUUUUGAUACAGUGAAAAGUCGUGUGCAAUGAUUAAGCAAGGCGUCGCUCCCUAAAAUCACUUCGAUAAGAAUUUAGUUUUAAACGCUACCUCACAAUGAUCGGGCCUAGUUCGCAGAUCAGCAAGAUACUGCUUACCCUGCUGUUCCUGUUGAUCAUUUUUUACGUUUUUAUGGAUGUGGAGUUAUACCUGCGCAUUCAUAACUAUGUCAUUGAGCGGAAUUACCAUACGAAUGUGUCCCUGCCCAUAUCCGCCGGAGGACAGUCCCCCUCGGAAUCUUUAUCCGGUGGCAGCAGUACGAAACUCCCCACCGCCGCCGACAGGCAGCCGUCCUACGAGGAUCAUACCUGGAUAUCCUGUGAUAUAAACCCACUUUGCCAUAUAACCGUGAAGGCUAUACUGCUGGACCACACCAAUCACUACCUGUUCGCCCCGCUGGCUACCAUGUUCGACAACGUGAUCGGCUUCUCGCGUUCCACCUUUAUAACGCCGAACAUGAUAUCGUUUUUCCACGUAGGCGUAGCCUGUCUGGCGGGUAAACUCGUGGCUUCGGAUAGCCUAGGUUACAGGCGGAUGGGAGUGCUACUUUUCCAAAUCAGAACUUUUCUGGACGACCUGGAUGGGCAUGUGGCACGCGUGAGGAAGCACAUUCGCGGCGAGCGCUCGGAGAUUGGCACAUCCGGCUAUUAUGUGGAUGGACUGUGCGACGGACUGGGAUGUAUUGCCCUGCUGCUGGGCAUAUUCUUUUACUUAAAGAACAACCCGCCGCGGAGGGGAUACUCCAUCAUACCCAUGAGUGAUUCCAAGGUACUAGAGCCCACGAUGAUGAUUCCAAAGAUGAAGGCCACAACGAGAAAGGUGGCCAAGAACGUGAUUAGCUUCACGGGCCAGCUGCUUCUGAGCUCCACGGCGUGGAAUCGCUACAUAGCCGUCUAUCAGAACAUGCUGGAGCGUGAGGACGUAAGCGGCAGCCAGUCUCAUUGUCAAAACUACAUCUUCAAGUCCACCUGGUUUUUUUGCGUCGCCUGGAUGUGGCGCAUUGUUAAUGUACACGCCUUGCUCCACUGCGUCCUGCUUAGCAUAUUCUGCGAUAAACUAUGGGACUUUCUGCGCGCGAUCCGGUAUAGCGGUUAUAUUAUCCUGUUAGUUGCUAUCUGUUUAACUGAAAUGCACAUUCUGGAGGCCCAGAACUACAUUUUCAACUCUACAGCGUGCAGUAAUAUUUCACUGUGAUUUUAUUAAUAUUACGAGAAAAUACAAUAAUAUUUGUGUAGUGCAAAUCAACGAUGCCUUUUUUAUUGUGUAUAAUAAUUGUUAGAUUGCUCACGUUAAAGUCGGCACCACUAAUGCAUUUUGUCAUUCAAUCCAGUCUGCAAGAGCAAAAAACUCCUUCAGCUGUAAAUAAUAAAUGUUAUUGAUUAAUAAAUUCUUGGUGUUUUUAUGAUGUUAAA